ACCAAAAGUUUGAUCGAUAAUGUCACGUGGAAAGCAACGGAGAAAACGGUUCUUGAUUUUGUUUGAUUCUACCAGUAGAGUGUAGCACGUAGUCGUAUAAACGAGAACGAUGUUAAGAAAACGGGUUAAGUAUCCGAAAGGCUGGACGUUGCUGCUCGACGAAAAUAUCAAGAAUGUGGAACGCGUGAUUUUCGAUCCCGAAACUCAAAGGAAACUGGGCUGCACGGUCGGCGAGUAUGUCUUUUUGGAAUACCCAUGGGUAUACGUUUCUCGUGACGACGUUUUAAGACUUUCUAAUAAAAUAGGAUCAUGUUUGGAACCAUACAAAGAUCAAAUUUCUGCUUAUAAUGGUACAUGCUUUUUAAUUGGUUACAAUUCGACCGAAUUGUAUUCCGAUCAAUUUGUUAUCUGUCUUACCGAAGAAACUAGAGAUGCUGUUUAUCAAAGAAACAAAAACAUUUCUAAAGCUAUUUUAAAUGGCGUUCAUCAACAAAUAGAAAAAAUUCCAAAAUGUUGGAAAUCGUUAGGCAGCGAGGAUGAUUUGGAAAGUUCAGCGAAAAAUACAAGAGAAUUGUUAGAAAUUGAGAUAAAUAUACCAACUACGUUGUUAGGCUUGAAUCGUCAAAUUUCUGAUAGAAAUUCUGAUGAAUCCAGAGAUAGUUACAUCGACUUAAUACCAUCUGCCAAUGAAACGUUUGAUAACAUCGCUAAGUUUCUCGUUUCUCGUUCAACACAGACACACCUUCAACCUCGAGAAAUUUUUGUUCAAACGUAUCCUGGAAAUCCUAGAAAUGCUUGGACUCAGUACGUAUACGAAGAUACUUUAAAUGGUAAAUUAUUCGAUCUGAAUGAUGUUGAGAAUGUCGAUAAAUCUUUGGACGAAACUGUACAAAGUAAUGAUGAUAAUGAAGAAUUAGAAGAAAAGAGAAAGGAAGAGAAUAAAAUAGAAAUUGUUAGAGAAAAAGAACCUAUUGAAAUAUUUUUAGAAAAAUAUUCGGAACAAAUGAUAGACGAGAUCAAAUACAAUGCUGUUGUAAACCUUUAUGUAGAUGAUAUCAAAAAUUUGAACAAAAAUAAACAAGAUAUGAUGAAAUCUAUGGAAAUACCAAUGUGUAAGGAGUAUCAAUUUUUUAUAAAUUUAAACAUAAUCAAAAGUAAUAUUAUAUCCGAUAUUUCUUGGCAUCCAAAGAUAAUGGACCUUGCAAUAGUAUCUUACAUUAGAUCAUCCAAUAUAAUAUCGACUUCGGAUUACGAUUCAGGUGCGUUACUUUGGUCAUUGUCCGAUACUCUUAGACCAUUAUCGUAUCUACGAUCUAACGAGGAUGUUCAUUGCAUUUCUUUUUGUCCUUUACGAGAAAACAUCGUUAUAGGAGGUUGUGAAAAUGGUCAAUUAAUCGUUUGGCAUAUACCAGACGAAAUAAUCAACUUUGCUAAUACUACGAAUAAUAAUUGCCAAUCCAAAAUAUUCGAAUUACCUAAUCAAACAAAUGUACCUAUUGUAAACGUGACAACAAGGUCAGAAAAAGAUUCUUCUCAUAGUUCGUUAAUUCGAAAAAUCAAAUGGAUUCCAGUAAAAUUUCGAGCUGAGUCAAAUGGAAAAUUUGUUGAAUCUUUAAACAACGUUAACAAUUGUCAAUUGAUGACAAUUUCAUUGGACGGUAUUAUCAUUAUUUGGACUAUUGAUUUGUCUUCGAAUUUAUUAAACGAUUGUUUAAAAGUAAUUUAUAAAUUGUUUCUACCAAUACCAAACGAUAGUAGAAAUUUUACGCUUCUUUGUGUAUCUAUUUCUUUGGAAAGUUUAAUGGAAGAAGAAAAAUACAACAAUGCACAUCGAGAAGUUAAGGAGUUCGAUAAGAAUGGAGAAGAAUAUACUACACGGAGAUUAUGGUUGGGUACCGGAGAAGGGGAAUUGGUGCGUUGCACCUGGGAAGGCCAGGUGUUCGACGUGGGGAUGUCAGAUUCCGAGAAGUGUAACUUCCUCGAUCGUUCCUUUGCUCACGAUGGUCCCGUUAUUGAAAUCGUUCGUUGUCAUCGUAUGUUGGAAGUUAUUUUAACGAUCGGCGGACACAUUUUUGCCAUUUGGCACGAAAAUUAUUCCGAAUCACCGAUUUUUUGGAGAAAAUCUAAAGCCGUUUAUACCGCUUGUUGUUGGUCUUGUAAACCUGGUGUCUUUUUGAUGGGCAGAAAUGACGGUGAAUUAGAAAUUUGGGAUAUCAAGCGAAAAAAUUGCGAACCAAUUUUCGUUAGAACUAUUUCGGAUGGACCAUUAACUGUAUUAUCUUUUUGGAAAGAAACAAAAGUAUCGUCCGGUUUAAUUGGAAUUGGCGAUGAAAAAGGUAUAUUUCGUGUAUUUAAAGAACCAUGUAUGUAUUCAAACGAUGCUGAGUGUAUGAAUUGGUUUGAGGAAUACAUAUUGAGAGAAGUUAAAAGAAAAAAGAUUUUUACCGAAUGGCAACACGAAUUUCUCGAGACUAAUCCAAUUGCCAUUGAGAAAAAAUUGAAGAAAGAGGAGGAAGAACGUAAGAAAAGAUUAGAAGAAGCUAAAGAUAAUCUUCAGAAGGAAUAUGAACAGAGAUUGAGAUUGGAAGCGGAAAAAAGAGCAUUGAAAGCACCAAAAUCUAAAGAAACUAUUUGGAAAUUGAAGGAACAAAAACGAAUGAGAAGCGUUAUAUUAAAAAAAAAGGGUUUUGUUCCUGACGAAUUGGAGAAAAAAAAAUUGCCAUUGGUUCGUUUAGAAGAAGAAAAACGUUUAAGGUUGCAAAAAAUCGAGAAUGAAGUUAAUAUUCGUGAUAAAUUUUAUGAAGAUAUCGUAACCCUUCAGAUUCCUGAAUUGUCAAAUUCUUUUCAACGAAUGAAUACAAUUAUUGACGAAAAUGUCGACGAUGAAAAAAAAGUAGAAACUAAUAUAGAAAAAUAUGUGCAACAAUAUUGCAAUAUCAGAGACGAUGUUCGUAAAAUAUUGGCCGAGAAACUGGAUCGAAAUAUUUUUUGAUCAAA